GUAUAUCAUAUCUACCAGCCAUAGUUUCCCAGCAGGGUACAACUAGUUAUACGAUAGUUCAAGCCAGUAAGCCAAAAGCCACGCGAAACUAUAGUUCCAUCUGUAUACGAGCAAUGGACAUCAAUACUCCCCGAGGAUACCCCCCAACCGGGGAGAACAACUAUACAACAGUUCGCAGAAUAACCCACGCAUUAGAUCUACAUAGCUGGAAAUAUCCCUGACGAACCGGACUUGCCGUGUCGAAGAUCAUCGCGAUGUACUCCGUACGUAGAAUCAAUGCAGCUGAUCAAUCGCAGCUAAGAUCGUGACGAGGUCUCAUUUGCUAGGUUUCGGGUUCAUGCAUUGCCCAUCAUAGCUUUUUAUUCGCUGCUGGAACUUCCGUCAGGGGUUCGGGGGGUAUUUAAUGGUCUUCAGCCCAGAACAGCAUACCAUCACUUGCAGAUCAUCAUCUCAUUCCAUCUCAUCUCAUCACUGACAAAAUGCACCUGAACCUCCUAGCAUUAACAUGCCUCGUCGUCGCCACCACCGCCCUCCCCAACCCCAACCCUAACCCUCCCUCCUUAACCGCGCGCGAUUCCCUCCGACCCCGAUACUGGGACCUCACCCUCCAAAAGCCAGGCUGCAUUUCCAACGGCACAGACCCCUCCCUAACCCUCUACCACCGCUCCGGCACAGUCGCCACCUCAUGCACCUCCCUACUAACAGACCCCGGACCCGACGGGACGCCGAUUGACAUAAAAGCGGUGGACAGCAUCUCGUGGAAGAGCCCUGAUCCUAGUCGGCGGUAUGAUCUGUGUUUGUUUCGCGAUGGGGAGUGCGCGGAUGGGACGGGGGCGGUGGUUUUGAGGAGUGGAUGGGAGGUUGGGUGGAUAUAUGGGGAUUGAUGGUGUGGUGUUAUAUAUAUCGCAUUGCAUCCCAGCCCGUCUGGAUGGAUACUCCACUGGGAAUAAAAACAUCCAGUGCGUUACAUAUAAGACUUAGUCCAGGGAGUCAAACAAUGGCGAUUGACAUUAAAGCAAUGGAUCAAAUGUAGAAAACGCACAAACGAAGCAGGAAAGGAACAAAACCGGAAACC